AUGCGCGUUUCCGGCGAAACUCUCCGUUAUGAAUUACUAGAUGAAUGGGAUGAAGAAUUAAUUACAAGUAUCGAAGAAUUUGAUUUGGGGCGGUAUCAUCGAUAUAAUUCCAUAAUUCAAUACAUGCAACUAAUUGCAAAAGAAAAUCCAAAAAUUGCAAAAUUUGAGAGUAUUGGGAAAACAACGGAAUUGAGAGAGUUGGGUGUAUUGAAGGUAAAUAUCAAAAUUAGAUCUAUCUCAACCAUGUACAUAUAUUUUAAAAGGGACGAAAGGGAGGGAGAAGCUGACCAUUCUGUACAAUUGUGUCCGGAAAAGUCCGUAGGGAUAACCCACAAGUACCUUUAA